CUACUUCACUGCUUUUACCCUUUUAGCCAGAACAGGGAGAUUCGAAAGCUGAGGUUGAGAACUGAAAAUGGAGGAGCAAGAUUCACCCAGAACACUGCAAAAUGCAAUCACUUCACAGCAACAACAAGCAACAUCGAGUACUGUGAAGAGAGAUAGCUCCGUAACUGGUUUCUUUGGUAAAAGUGGGUACAAAUUCUGGGUUUUGGCUGUAAUUCUCUUACUUGCUUUCUGGUCCAUGUUUACUGGCUCUGUUUCCCUCAAAUGGUCUUCCGAUGAACUUACUACAUUCUCUGAUGACUUUGAACUCUCUGUCCACGACGAUCUCGACUUCCUUGAAUUGGAGGAAAGAGAGACGGUGGUGAGGAAGAUGUGGGAUGUUUAUACGCAAAGCGCCAGCGUUCGAUUGCCAAGGUUUUGGCUUGAAGCUUUCGAGGCCGCUUAUGAAUAUUUAUCAAGUGAUGUUCCUGGAGUUCGAGAUGCUGCUAUUUCUGAGAUUGCUAAAUUAUCUAUGCAUUCCUUCAAUUUUGAUUUGGCCUCUUCUUAAUCGAAGAGCAUCAGUGUAGGGAAAAAACUGCUCACAGAAAGGAGAUAGCUGCAACUAGGACUACCUUUUAACUGGAAUUCCAGACGCAGUUGCCAAUGCAACUUUCAUUCUAUCGGAUGAAAUGGCAAUUAGCUUCAAGUCUUUCGGAUGAAGUUUGCUAAGGGAUGCUUUGACAGGGAUUCUACUUCAGUUUGAACCUACUGAGGGUGCCCACAUUAACAGGUUAUUGUCGGUCCAAUAGAAUCCUUAUCUGAAAUAAAGUCUUGAUUCAUGA